AUGGACGAAGAAGAGGCUAGAAUCGCCCGUUACCGCUACUUACUGCAGCCUAUACGAGACUUGUCCGAUCAUUUGGACGAUGAUAUCUACGAGAUCCUGGGUGUUUACCUCGAGAAAUUGCGAAGUGAUCGAGAGAGAAAUGUUCAAGGAGACGAUGGCGAGCUAAUCAAGUAAGUCUUCAAGUCGGUUUCUUGGUUUUUAGGUGCCCAAAGAAAUGAAGAGAGGUGUUAUCUAAGCUGAGAGUUGAAUUUGGGUUUUUUUAGAUUCAAUUUCUCCGAAGCCGCCGUCCUUCUUCAAAGUUCCUUCCAAUUGUUUGCCAAGAAAGUCGAUCGACUUUAUGAUUUAGUCUGUGAAGCUUACAGUGGAGCUGGCAUCAAGAAAAAGGGGAAAAGAGGGAUCAAUGCAGAGAAUAAUGAGGAGACAGAUCUCUCUCGGCGGAAGAACGACUUCGAUAUGAAAGUUGAUGAAAAUGCUCUGAUUCACAAUUCCAUAGACCUCAAAUGGCUGUUAGAUCAGGACAAACGAAAGGAAAACAAAGUUCCUGUCAAGGUUGGGCAGCUUCGUGUUGAGGGAGAGCGUGAUCGACUGGUCGAUUUGCCAAUUUCUUUCAUGCCAACGAAAAAGACAGCGCCUUCCAAGCAUUAUUUGGGCUUUGAACAGGCCAAUGACCACAUUUUUAUCCGACAAGAUGAGCUUUUUGCGUUUUCGAGUGUGGCUUUUGCUUCCGAACAUGCUCAGAAGGUAUGGAUAAUAUUUUUUUAGUUUUUUAUCAAAAUUUAUUUGAUUUGGCGAAAAUUAUAUUGUUUUAGAUGACAGUCCUCAUGAAUGUGGCCUACUUGCCUUUGAUCGAUCAAAUAACCGAGAAUUUGGAACCCUUCAGGAACCUGUAUGGUACGUUUGUUUUUAUUUUACAUUAUUCUUAACUUUAGGCGAAAAUGGAGAGACUAAUUUGGAUGAUAUCCCCGAACAGGAUUCUCAAUUCCAAAAUGAAUCGAACGAUGAUCUCGGAGGGGCUGGUGGCUUUGAGCCAGAGCAAAUUCAGCUCGAUGAAGAGGCCCCAAUGGACAGUAAGUGGUUUUAAGUUUUUGAUUAGUUUGUUCUUGCUUUAGUACUGCCUCCGGAGAACUUGGCCGAUACUGUGGAAGGGGUUCGCAGAGCCACGGAUGUCCGAGCCACUCUUUUGACUCAACCGCCAACUGUCAUCGCGGAUUCAUCACUGCCGUGCGACUCGCAAUUGGACAGUAAUGAAUCGAGAAGAAGUCAGAGGGUUGUGAAGAAAUGGAGGGACCGAAUUGAGCUGAUCGAUGAGUUUGAACCGCUAGAGGUGAAGAGAAAGCCGUUGAAAAUCAGCAAGACUCAUAUAAAACGGGGAGAUCAGCAAGUGGCAAAGAGGGAUAAGCUGAUAAAAGUAAGUCUGGGUAUUUGAGAGUAUGAAAUUUAGUUUUGGAUAAAAAAUUAUGCACGUUUAGCUUGUAUUUGACUAUAAUUAGGUAUGACUUAUAUUACACAUGACUAAUUUUACGUUUUUUUAGGAGAAAUUGGAAGAACAAGGGCUUAAAGAGCAAGAAAAUAGGCUUGGAAGUUACAUGACAGCCCGUGUGUUUAGCCGGAAGCUGACACGGACAGGAUCUGUUCUAGCCAAUCUGAAUCCAUCAUUAAGAUCAAAACAGAUUCAAGCACUCAAUUCUGUGCUGUAUGCCCAAGAAAAGUAUGAAGCCAAGGUUUUAAAACAGCGAAAAGAAGAGGAGAAACAGCGGAGGAGAGAAGCCCAAGCAGAGGAGAGGGAAAAAAGAAGAUCUAAUAGAAGGUCCGGCCAUAAUGAAAGUGGAAAUGUUGGAGCUUUACAACGAGUCAGAAACUCGUUGUUUAAUGGAACUGGAGGUGAGUUAGAGCUUUAUAUUGAUUUUUAGGUUGUUUGUUAAGAAAAUUUUGUGGGUUUGGGCAAAAUUUUGUAUUACACAUGAUCAUUUUCAAAAAAAGUCGUUUCAGAACACCCAGUGGAUAACUUUGGCGCCCUCCCUGAUGAUGAUGUGCCCGUUGGCGAAGAGAGCGAUGAGGAAGAACCUCAAACUGCUGCUGAACUUUUGGCACAAGAGGUGGAUGAUCUGGCCGGGCAUGAUUAUGUUGAUGACGAUCCGGCUGACGAAAUGGACAUUGAUCUCCCGGAGACUCAAGAUGAUCACGCCAUGCCGGUUGGAGAUCUGAGCAGGCCCAAUAUGGAGGAACUCGCUGAAUUUAAUGAGUGUGCUACGGAAAUGGAAGAAGAAUACGCUCUUUUCGUGAAAGAACACCCCAUUCUGGAUCAAUUGUUCGAGGAUAUGAAUAAUGGACCCCAAACUCAGAUCUUCAAAAGCAUUUUUAGGUAAGUUGGAGCUUAUUUUGGUUUGGUUUUUGAGUUUUAGACCUAAAAUUAGGCAUGUGUAACAUCAUGGGUAACAUAAUUUUUUCCAGCUAUUGGAACAAGACCGAUUCGGGCAAAAUCAACAACAAAGGGAAGCGUCAGAUCCAAGAAUGGAACCAAAGAAUUGCCAAUCGAUUGGCCGAAGAGGAACAACAUAAACCGUUUGAUAUUCAUUCGUAUGGAACUGAUGUAAUCGCGGCCUUUGGGGAAGGAGAAUCAAGUGUUGGCACGUCCAAAACUCUCCCAGAAGUGAUGCGAGGCUCUGGUCGAUACGAAAAGAGUCGGUUCCUCCUGGCCACGCUCAUCCUGGCCAAUUGUAACAACGUGGAAAUCAGCGCGGUCCCCCCAAAAGAAGGAGAAAAGCCCACAAAUAAUGUCACACUGAAGUUGUUGAGCCGAAAACGCCAUCACGAGGUCUUUGCCGACGAACAGAAGCUAAUUACUGGAUAA